AUGUCAGGGGAUCACAACACACCACCUCAGAGCAGGAAACAAGCUGGCGUGGUGACCAACAUCUGCAUAACCAACGUGAGUGACCCGGACAAUGAACGUGCUUUAACAUGCUCAGGGCACAUCUGCACAGACCUCAACAUCUGGGCCCAAAAAGGGCUGCUGUGGCUGCUGAACCACGGGCAGCUGCCCCCGCGAGGGGCGGCGAGGAGCAGCGGAGGGAAAAGCGUCGCGCUCAAACACACGGCGCCCGCCUCGGCAGCCGCAGCCGCCAUCGGCGCCUCCCCGGGCGCUGCCGCCGCGGCGGGCCCGGCCUUGCCGCGCUCCCCUCCCGCCUCCCCGGGAGCGGCUUCGGCGGGGGCCGCCCGCAGCCCCCCGGGAGCCCGGCACGGCCCGGCCCGCGGCCGGCGGGAGCAGGCGCUGAGGCGCGGGGCCAUGGCGGCGCGGAGCCCGGGCUCGCGGGAGGCGCUGCCGCUGCGGGGGCCGCAGGCGAAGGUUCUGCAGUACCGGGCACGCUGUCAAGAGCUGGAGCAGCAGCUGGAGGCAGGAGGGGGAUCUCUUGCGAGCAGGUGGGAAGCCACAGAAGACCACAGCCUGGAGAAAGCACUGCUUCAGUUGGAAGAGGAGCAGCAAAGGUGUGAGAACCUGGCAGAAGUGAACACUCUGCUGCGGGAGCACCUCGAUGAGGCAAAGGAGGUGAACUCAGCGCUCAGAGAAGACGUGGGAAAGCUGACAGCAGAUUGGAUGAGGGCCCGGGAGGAGCUGGACUUGAAGGAGAGCGAGUGGCACAGCGAGCGUGAGCUUUACGACAGCCACCUGAGGGCUGAAGGGAACCGGCUGCUGGGCCUGUGGCGGCAGGUGCUCGCCUUGCGCUGCCGCUUCCUGGAGCUGAGGAGUGCCACUGAGCGAGAUUUGGCAGAGCUGAAGGCAGAGCAGAUGAGGCUCUCUGGGUCGAUCCUGGUGAGCUGCUCCAGCCUGAGCUCUGGGGUGCAGCUCUGGGAGUGUGUGGCUCUGGGAAGUGCUGCCCUGAGGGAUGGAGCCCGGCAGGAAGCACAGCAGGAGGAGAGCCAGAAACCUUGGGAGGGGAAACACUCCCAAGUGGAGGAGGACCUGGAGAAGAAGGAGCUUCAGGACAGGGUGAUGGAGCUCUCUGCCUUGCUGGUACAGUCUCAGAAGCAGAAUGAGGAGAAGGAGAAGACCAUGAAAACACUUAAUGACACUGUGGAGAUUCUAGAAGCAAGUUGCUUAGAGAAAGAGCAUGAAGCUUCAUUGACUAAAAGUGCCAAGGAAGAGAAUCUUUUCCUCCAAAAGCUGAUAAAAGAUAUAACUGAGGUGGUGCUAGAUGACAGUGAGAAUGCAGUCAGCAUUCUCUGCACUGACCCUUCCCAGUGUGCAGAAUCUGGCAACAUCUUCUCUCUGAGCUCCUUGGCUGCAGAACAAGCCUUUGUCUGGGUUCAGGAAGCAGUGGCAAGGAGGCGAGGGGCAACACAGGCCCUAAAAGAAGAGCUUUCUGCCCAGCAGGGCUCUAUCAAUGGCCUGCUGCAGCAGCACAGACAGCAGGAAGAGAAGAGCAGGAAGCUGCAGCAAAAGCUUGAGCAACUGGAGGAGGAAUGCAAAAUGUCCAGCAACCACUGUCAGCACCUCCAGUCUCUGGUAGAGACACUCAAGAGUGACUGUGCAACCCUCGAGGAAACCAGGGAAGAGCUGAAGCAGCAGCUUGAAGUAACGGAGCAAGAGGCCUCUCGUCUGCGGCACAGGAACGUGGAGCUGCAGCACAGGAACAUGGAGCUGCAGCACAGGAACAUGGAGCUGCAGCUGAAGGAGGAGUCAGCCCAGGGGGAGAAGGUGGAGCAGCAGGAAAGGAUGGAGAGAGCAAGUCGUGACCGGGAACUCCUACUGAAGGACUUGGCUGCACUUGAAGGAAAGCACUCCUUGUUACAGAGUGAGUGGGUAGUGGUGAGAGAGACGCUGGAGGCAUCGUGCCUUGAGAGGGACCUGCUGAGGCAAGAGAAACAGGAGCUUACAGUGGGGCUGGAAAAGGCAGAGCAGUCUGUAGCAGAGCUGACAGGGGCUCAGAAUAAGCUGGCUGCUGAAAUAGCUGAUCUGCGUCUUGCAGCAGCGAAGAUGAGCAGCAUUAAUGAAGCUCUUGCAGGGGAUAAAGCACAACUGAACAAACUUGUGCUGCAGCUAGAGCAGGAGAAUGAAGUUCUGUCAGGUAAAGUGAAUGAGAUGGAGAGAGCAAAGAUCUGUGACCAGGAGAAGCUGAACUUAUGUGAAAGAACAACUGAAGAGCUUCGUGCAGAGAAAGCUCACCUGGAGCAGCUGCUGAAGAAAGCAGAGGAGCAACAAGAGGGGCUACAAGCAGAGCUGACCAUGCUGGGAAAGGAAAAGGAGGAAACCCAAGACAAACUCAAUCAGGUGUGUAGGCAGCGUGAGGCCGGCAGCAGCGAGCUGCAGCAGCUGCGCCUGGAGGCGUGGAGCCAGGGGCAGGCGCUGGCCAGGGCAGCCCAGGAGCGGGAGCUGCUGGUGCGGGACAAGGCGGCGCUGGAGGUGCGGCUGGCGGCCACGCAGCGGGACAGGACGGGCCUGGCACAGCAGCUGGCACACGCCAGGUCAGCGAAGGAGACCCUGGAAUCCAGCCUGUUUGAGGCUCAGCAGAACUUAUCUCAGCUGGAGAUCACCAGGAGUCAGCUUGAGAUGCAACUUCACACGGUCACACAGGCCAAGGAGGUGAUACAAGGGGAAGUGAAGUGCCUUCAACGUGAGCUGGAAGCAGAGAGAUCUCUCCUGAAGCAGGAACAGGCAGACAUGGUGCAGCAGCUCUUGCAGACAGAACAGCAGUACAACAACACCCUCAGACUUCAGGAAUCUGGUCAUGAGGUGGAAAUAAACAAGCUCCUGCAAGACCUGGCAAGUGAGCGGGAAGGGCACCAGUCAGAGCUGCAGGACGUGCUGGAGCAAUGGGAAAAGGAGAAGGCAGAGACAGCAGGGGAGCACGAGAAGAAGCUGUGUGACAUGAAGCAGAAAGUUGCUGCCAUGCAAGCUCAACAAGAAGAGGAACGAACUAGAGUUGAAAAUGACAAGCAAGAGGUCUUGCUAGAAAAGGAGCGUGAGAGGAAGGCUCUGUUAGACACACUACUCCAGACUCAGGGUGAGCUAACAGAAGCCUGCCAGCAGCUGGAGCAGCUGAGGAAGGAGGUGAAAGAGCAGCAAGAGAGUGGGCAGAACCUGACAGAAAAGCUGCAAGCAGAGCUGCAGGAAACUCAGAGCAAGAUGAAGGCAGUGGAGAACAGGCACAAGGAAGAACUCAAAGCUGCCAAAGAGGAAAUGAAUAUCCUCCUUCAGCAGAGGGAUGCUCUGCAAAAACAGGUGGAAGAGUUGACAUCUCGGCUUGCAGCCUCCGAAGAGUCCUGGCAAGUGAUCGGCUGCAAAGCUCAGCGAGACCUGAGUGAGGCACAGGAACUGUCGAGGCAGAAGGGGCUGGAGGUUGUGCACCUUCAGAAGAUCCUGGAGGAGAAGAAGAGUCAAUGGGAGGAGGUAGAGCUUCGGAACCAGGAGCUGCAAGUGUGUUUGCAAUCCUUGGAGGAGCAGAGGAGUCGGUGGGAAGCAGUGGAGCAUCACAACACAGAACUUCAGGCUUUGUUGAAGGUCCUGGAGAGUGAAAAAGCCAGGCUGACUCAGUCUGUGGAAGAGAAGGAGCUGAGCCUCAGAACGCUGGAAGAAAGCAACCGUGCCCAGCACAGCAAGAUAGAGUGGCUGCAGGAUGUGGUGCUGGAGCAAGAGGCUGCCCUGGCAGCUCGAGAGAAGCAGCUGCUGCAGGAGCUGGAGCAGUCCCGAGCAGGCGAGCAGAGCUUGAGGGAGUCUCUGGGCAUGGCGGAGGCCGAGAUGUCUGAGCUGCGCUCGAGGCUGUGCAGCACAGAGAGCAGAGCAGAGGCCUUGGCCACGGAGUGUCAGCUGGCCAGCAGUGCCCUGUGUGAGGCCCAGUCUCAGCUGGACAAGCUGCACCUGGUUCUGCACCCCGUGGUCUGUGCCAGCAGAGCCCUGGGCCCUUGGCCCUCAGAACAGGAUGAUGCCAGGGGCCCGACCGUUUCUGAGGCCAGGGACCUCCCCACAGAGCUCACGGCAGACAGAGUGGCAGCAGCCCUACAAGACCUGUGUCAGCACCUGAAGCAGACUCAGCAAGAGCUGAGUGAUGUGAGGACGAAAACACAGGACUUGGAGCUGGAGCUGAGCAAGAGGCAAGUGGAGAAGGACCAUCUCAGUGCCCACAAUCAAGAGCUUCAGAAACAGCUGGCUCAAAGCCAGGAAGAGAUGCAGAUGGCAGAAUGCAAGAAGAACUCUCUCCAAGCUGCCUUGCAGGAGGAGGCCACUGCUCUGAAGGAGAAGGCUGUGACCCUACAGCAAGAGGUGGCAUCUUUGGAAAGGAAGCUGGAGAGCACGGAGAAGCAAAGGAAGGAUGCCCUGAACGAACGAGACAGACUUCAAGCACUUAAAGAAGAGCUUGUAUGGGAGAUAAAACUUCUUCAGGAAUCAGUCACAGGCUCUGAGAGCCGAGCAAAUACAGCAACAGAUAGGAAUCACUGCCUGGAACAAGAGCUCCAAGCUGCUCUGUCUGACUUAAAAGUGAAAAGUGAAGAGGUGGAAAUGCAGUGGGAGAAAAUCCAGAUGCUGCAGAAAGAGGCAGCAGAGGUAAAGGCCUUGCAGGAGAAUCUCUCUCAUAUGACUGGCGUCCUGACAGAGAGGGAGGGAGAAGUAAACUUCUACCAGGAGCAGGUGACAAUGCUGGAAAAGCAGAAAGAAAUGCAUAAAACUGCUCUUGAUCAGGUUAUUAAGGACAUAACAGAGAAAACCCAGAAGAUUGAGUCCCAGCAAGAAUACAUAGAGGAGCUGGAGAAGAAGCAGGAACAACAGAGGGUUGCUGUCAGCAAGAUGAACAAAGAGCUGGAAGAGAGAGAGCAGGAGAUCAGGUCCCAGCAAGAACAGAUACAGCAGCUGGAGAAGCAGCAAGAAAUGCAGAGGGCUGCUGUCAGUGAGAUGAGCAAAGAGCUGGAGGAGAGAGACCAGGAGAUCAAGUGCCAGGAGGGGAAAAUAACGAUUCUAGAACAACACAGUGCAGCACAAGUGAGAAAUCUGCUCAUGGAUCUGGAUCAUGUGAAGGGAAGCGUGAAGGAGAAAAACACAGAGCUCACGUCUCUGACUCAGCGGAUCCAAGAACUGGAACAGGAGAGAGAACAGGAGAGGUCUCUGCAUGAAAGCCUUGAGCAGCUCAAGGCAGUUCUUAAGGACAGGGAGAGUGAGUGUGGUUCUCUAAGAGAUCAGUUAAGACUCCUGCAGCAGUCCAGGGAACAGCAGGAGGGGCAUCUGCGAGAGCUUCGUAGUGAAGUAGAAAAGAUGACACUUUGUUUGUCUCAAAAAGAUCAAGAGCUUGAGUCACAACAAAAGCAAAUCCAGGAAGCUGAAGAAGUCAUGGAAAUGCAGUUAAAGACUGUCAGUGACCAACUGGAGCAGACCUUAGAAACCUUAAAAGAAAAGGACAUACUCAUGACCAUCCAAAAGCAACAAACACAGAGCUAUGAGGAAAAAACAGAGGAGCAGCUGAAUGUCUUACACAGAGACUUAGAACACACCAAGGCAGUUCUGAAAGAAAAGGAAGUAAUGAUUGAGUCACAGAAGGAACUGCUUGAGAGCUUCCAAAAACAAGAACAAGGUUCUGAAGAGCAGAAGGAAAUUCUGCAGCAGCUUCAGGCGUCACUAAAGGAACAAGAGCAAGAAAUCUUCUCCCUUAGGAAGCAAUGCGAGGCUUACAAGGAAAAGGAGAAACGGCAGGAAGCUGAGCAAACAGAUCUUCAAGCAACAAAACUGACCCUGAAAGAAAGAGCAAAACAGAUGGAGGUUCUGGAGGAGAUUCUCUAUAAACCACAGCAGCAAAAGGAGGAGGCAGCAGUGCAGACAGAAGCCAUGCUGCAACUACUAGAGCACGCCCAAGCUUCUCUGGAAGCUAAAGAUCAAGAGAUUGUGUCUUUGCAAGAGCACAUCCAGGACCUUCAAGAGCAGGAGUUAGCAGGCAAGCAGUCCAAGAGUCCACAGCAGGAUCUAGACAAAAGGAGCCAAAUAGUGAAGAACAACCAUUGUGAGCCCCUGGGGCAGAUGGAGCAAACGGACGUGUUCCAGCCCCAGCAGGACGGCGUGACGGCGGCACUGACGUGCCAGGAGGAAGUGAAUCCGCUUGAGGAAGUGGUGAGAAAGAGAGAUGAAGACAGUGAGACCCUUGUGCAAAAACUCCAUCACCAAGAACUGAAGACCUUGCAGAAUCUCCAGCUGAGUGAGGAGAAUGGAGAGCUGGGACAACAAGAGCACGAGAAGGUCCUGGAAGAAGCGUCGCCUGAGAGGGAACGAGAGGCUGAGGCUCGAGGUGAACAAAAAGGGUCAGAAGAGGAAACAAGAGAUCUUCAGGAGGAUGCUCAGCAUGUUCAGCAGAGUGUGACAAAGAAAGAUAAAGAGAUCAAGUGCCAGAGGGACAGAGUCAGGUAUUUAGAGAAGACUCUGACAGAGAGAGAGCAAGAGCUCAGGAGGCAGAGUGAACUGCUGAGACAACUAACAUCAGCUUUGCAGUGGAAAGGUAAAGGGCAGACCCUAAGCAAACAAAUCCAGAAACUCCAAAAAUGGGAGGAAGAGGAAGCAGAGAAGAGGAAGGUUCUCCAGGAGAGAGACCAUCUCUUGCAAAAGCAGAAGGAGCUGAGCCAACAGCUGGAAGACGAGCGGAAAGCAAAGGGGGAAGAGUUGGAGCGUGUGAUUGCUAUUUGGAAGCAGACUGAAAGUGGAGAAAUUGAAUGGAAAGAGAAAGCACAAGCACUGGCCCUUGCCCUCACCAGGAGUGAAAUGGCCAGUGGGACUCUGAGGGAAGAAGUAGCCAUCCUGCAGAAUAUGGUUUCAGAGCGGGACACAGACCGGUGUCAGCAUCAGGCUCUUGCAGAAGGGGAGCAUCUGUCAUGGCUGUCAGAGAAGAGGCUCCUGUCUCAGCAGCUGAAGCAUCUGCAGCAAGUGGUUGCAAGGCUGGAACAUGAGAAGACUGAGCUGAAACAACUCAAUGCUGAGCUCAGGAGGACUCUCGAGCAGGUGGAGCGUGAGCGGCGGCGGCUGAAGAGACGCUGCGGCGCUGGCUUGGUGCCAGAUGCUUGUGGAUUUUCUCCCUCUGAGCAGCACAGGCUGCCUGCUUCCAGACAGGAGGAGUCUCAUGUUCACCACAGUCAAUUAGCUGACUUACAGAACCAGGUGUCCCUUCUGCAGAUGCAGCUGGCCCAGGAACGAAAAGACAAGCAGGACUAUAUCAAGCGCUGUGCAAAGACCAGCCAGGAGCUGUCAGACCUUCAUCAAGAGCUGUCUUACUCCUUAGCAGCUGUGGUCAGGGAGCCCAAAGCUGCUGUUCUGGAGCAAGAGACUCAGAGGCUGGAUUGGUCCCUGCACCUCAGCUUGUCAGGAAUGUCUCCUGAGAGACAGCCCUUGCGCUCCACAGCCCGACCUGCCAGCAGUGAUGACCUGAGGUGACAGGGUCUGGCACAACAGCUCCGUGGGACCUGCUGCAGCAGGUGAAGGCUGGCAGAGGGGCUUGACCCAGAGUCACAUCAGAGUUCAGAGCACGGUGUUCACUGCAGGUGCCCCAGCAGUGGUGGGACAGAGCCCAUACUGGCCUGUGUGGCUCCAGUCAUAGGCCUGGAAAAGCAGGAUGACCUGAUGAGCAGGUACAUUUCUUCCUUUUCCAAAGCACUCCAUCGGAGCCUCAGCAGUUUCCACACAGCCCCCCGUGUUUGGGCUGUUCCUGUAACUGUGCUGUCUAUAAAGACUUUUGAUCUGGUUUUAUUUUUUCAACACA